AUGCCUUUCUUUUGCUUCUUCCCAAGUCAGCUGCUUCCCAGGAUGUGGGCUUCUGCAAACUUUCUCCUGGUAUCAGCCUUGCUUACAGAAAGUCUGGUUGCUGAACGCUGCCCACAAAUCUGUACCUGUGAUAGCAUCAAGUAUCAAGUCGUUUGCUUGAAUAAGAAUCUAACUAAAGUGCCUUUUAACAUUCUUCAGAUUACUAAAAGGUUGGUUCUUCAGGAUAAUGAAAUCACAGUGAUUCCUUUAGGAACCUUUUUGUCCAUUCCAUAUCUCACCCACUUGAACCUUCAGAGAUGCAAGAUAAGCAGCAUUGAGGAAGGGGCUUUCAGGGGAUUAGGACAGUUAGUCUAUCUUAAUCUGGCUUCUAACAAUAUAGCCUUUAUCUAUCAAGAAUCCUUAGAUGGCCUCUCUUCCCUCCGUCAGCUUAUUUUAGAAAACAAUCAUAUUGAAGAAAUAAAGCCAGGAGCUUUUGGACAACUUGGAUUCCUUAGUUUAUUGAAUUUGGCCAAGAACUCCCUGGUUUACUUGCCAGAUAUGGUUUUCCAGGGACUUCAGAUGAUCAAGUGGAUCAAUUUGUCCCAUAAUUCACUUAAUGUAUUUGCCAAUGAAGCUUUUGGUGGAUUACCAACACUCAGAAAGCUAUGUCUACAUCAUAAUGAAUUGCAGUUCUUUCCCACUGAGGCACUGUCUAGACUAGCUGACAUAAAUCAACUGGAUUUAGGACACAAUCCCAUCACUUACAUUGGUGAGGAGGCCUUUGAAAUGGCUCAUCUCAAACAGCUUUACUUGGACAACAUGGCCCUUCAGGAGAUCUCAGACAGAGCUUUUGUCAGGAGCCCCUUACUCCAUACCCUUGACUUGCACAACAACCAGCUGUUGGUGCUGCAGCCCCUGACAGAAAUGGUCUACCUUAAAAAAAUAAACUUAACAGGCAACCCGAUGCCUUGUACUUGCCACAUGCGUCCCCUCAAAGAGUGGGCUGACAAAGCAAAAAUACACAUUGAUGUAGUUUGUGCUGGUCCUCUUGCCUUCAGGGGAGAGCACUUGGAAUCCUUGCAGGCCACAGAUAUGAAGUGUAAACAUCGGACUUUGGAAGAGGAUCUGCCUCUGACAAUGGUCAGCAGAAAGCCAGAAGAGGGUGCUGUAAAAUGCCCUAAAGGAUGUACCUGUUUAUUAGAUUACCAGCAUGGAAAGUGUGAUAACAAAAAUCUCUUGAGUAUUCCCAAAGGAUUUCCUAGCAACACUCAACUUCUGGACUUGCAACACAAUGAGUUCCAUUCCAUACCAGACGGUUCAUUCCUUGGCUUAAAAAACCUGACCUCGCUUCACCUGCAGAACUGCAAGAUUGAAGUGCUGCAACCUGGUGCUUUCCAGGACCUAAAAACACUCAUCUAUCUUUAUCUGUCUAAUAACGAUAUAUCUUCUGUUGAUGCUGAUGUUUUCAGAGACACAACCCAACUUGCUUAUCUUUUUCUGGAUCACAACAAAUUCACUCAAAUACCCAAGGAUGCCUUCAGCUACUUGUCCAACCUCUUUGCCUUCUACUUCCAACACAAUUCAAUCAGUCAGCUGCCAGAUAAUGCUCUGGCUGGGAUGCAGAAACUACGCUGUCUUUACUUAACAGGAAAUCGCAUUGCACACCUGUCUCCUAGGGCUCUGAGGCAGGCCAAGAUGCUAGAGAAACUGCAUCUAGAUGAGAAUUCUUUGCAAGAAAUUCCCACCAAGGCCCUUAGAGGCCUGCCUAUCCUCAAUGAACUGAAAUUGUCUAAGAACCCUAUAAAAUACAUUGGGAAGGCUGCCUUCCUUCCAAUUGCAAGAUCCCUGCAGCACCUGCAUCUGGAUAACAUGGGCCUUGAGCAAAUUUCUUCUGGUGCCUUUACUGGCUUGGGUCCAAACAUCAAAAGUCUGUAUCUGGAGAAUAACAGAAUGCAAAAUUUACCUAAUUUACAUGGCUUCACUGCUCUGGAGGUAAUCAACUUGAACGAUGUCCCUUUCUCCUGUGACUGUCGACUUCUCCCAUUACGCAAGUGGCUUGAUAACUUGAACCUGAGAGUAGGAGCCACUUGUGGCUCUCCAGCAAAUCUACGUAACCAAAAAGUAAAGUUUGUCACUAUCUUCCAAAGUUGCCCAGGCUGGAAUAUCAAGAAGGCCAAACAAGCCAGCUUAACUGAGGCCAAAACCAGGGUUAGAAGUUGCUCCAAAUGA